GAAAGCGAGGAUGGCAUUGAAGGAGAUGCUGUGCUCUCCGAUUAUGAAAGCGCAGAAGACUCGGAGGCGGAGGAAGAGGAUUACAGCGAGGAAGAAAGUGCCAAAGUGAAGCAGGAUAGCAAUGGCUCCUGUGAGUCGGCGGCCAAAGCAGAGAAAGGGGAUGAGAAAGCUGACUCCAAAGGCGCCGUAACUGGUGAGAGGCAGAGCGGGGAUGGGCAGGAGAGCACUGAGCCCGUUGAGAAAAAAGUUGGGAAAAAAGCUCCCAAGCACCUGGACGACGACCACGACCUGCGAGGGCAGACGCAGGAGGAGGAGGUCAGGCCAAAGGGUCGUCAGCGGAAGCUGUGGAAGGACGAGGGCCGCUGGGAGCAUGACAAAUUCCGGGAGGACGAGCAGGCGCCCAAGACCAGGCAGGAGCUGAUCGCGCUGUAUGGCUACGACAUCAGAUCAGCGCACAACCCCGAUGACAUCAAGCCGAGGAGGAUGCGCAAACCAAGGGGAGCAGCAGAGUUUGGGAGCCCUCCUCAGCGAGACCCAAACUGGUCCAACGAGAGGCCAAAUAAGCCCCCAAGGCACCAAGGCACAGACAGCACUUCAGCUGCCCCGCGAACCUUCACCAACAGGAGCUCUGCGGGCACAGGGAGGAUGCCUCCACCUCGGAACUACCCGAGGAUGGGGGGCUACAAAGAGACCCGUCCAAGCUACCGAGCUUCGGAAGCCAGCGUCCAGCAUCUGUCUCGAAACGGCGAGCAGGCCAAACAGGAGAGCAGCUACCGAGCGAAGCGUGCGGAGCAAACCCCACCAAGAGACAAGUCGCCCGAGAUGGAGGCGGCACACGUCCACGGCAGCCCCCUGAAGGAGGAGGUGGCUUUGGCAAACCAAGCCACAGCUGCUGAUGCUGCACAGCCACCGCCAGACAGACCAGUUGAAAAGAAGUCUUAUUCCCGGGCAAGAAGGACCAGAAUCAAAGCUGGGGACGCGGGGAAGCUGGCAGAUGAGGUGCCCGCUUCGGAAGGGCUGACUCCUGCGCCUCCAAAACCUGUGCAAGUCGAGACGUCCCCGCCACCGACCAAGAGCAGUGACUGGGAUUCACUGGUAGAAUCCAACUUGGACGGACUGGAGCAAGAGGUGACCCAGCUGAAUCUCACCGAGCAGAACUGGACGCCGGGGCAGUCGCAGUUCAUACAGCCCCGGGAGCUGAGGGGUAUUCCUAACCAUAUGCACGUGGGAACUGGGCCACCGCCUCAGUUUAACAGGAUGGAGGAAAUGGUAAAGCACGGCGGCCGCGUGAAGCGCUACUCGUCGCAGCGGCAGAGACCGCCGGUGCCGGAGCCUGCGCCCCCCAUGCACAUCAGCAUCAUGGAAGGGCACUACUAUGACCCACUACAAUUCCAGGGACCAAUCUACACCCACAGCGAGAACCCGGCCCCGCUGCCGCCCCAGGGGAUGAUCGUACAGCCAGAAAUGCACCUCCCUCAUCCAG